GUAGACUUUACGGAAACAGUGUUCCUUUUUCUGCAGCUUUUCUUGCACAGUCGCAUUAAUCGCAGCUCUUCGGAAAGGUCGGCAGCAAGCUGAAAAAUCUGGGAAGCAUGUCUGUGCUCAACAGAAAGGUCGUUAACACUGCGUCGGCCCCGGCUGCCAUCGGCCCAUACAGCCAGGCGGUGAUCGUGGACAGAACCAUGUACAUCUCCGGUCAGCUGGGGAUGGACGUCGCCUCCGGGAAGCUGGUAGACGGAGGAGUGCAGGCUCAGGCCACACAGGCGCUCGUCAAUAUUGGGGCGAUCCUUAAAGCUGCCGGCUGCGACUACAGCAACGUGGUGAAGACUACUGUGUUGCUCGCAGAUAUAAACGACUUCAACAACGUCAAUGAGGUCUACAAGACAUUUUUCAGCAGUAAGUUUCCUGCCAGAGCUGCCUACCAAGUCGCUGCUCUCCCCAGAGGUGGGCUGGUGGAAAUCGAGGCGAUCGCUGUUCUCGGUCCUCUCUCCGACUCCUGACUAGCCGGCCGCAUAACUAACAAGCUGUAGCGCCACCAAGUGUCAUUAUAGAUUCACUGUGGAAGCCUGAUUGUAUUUCCAGAGAACACCUGAAGAGCCACAUUGAAUUUCAACAUAGUCUUUUUCAGUGUUUCAAGAUUUAAAUUUCCAACAGAGCAACAUUCAGUUGUUAAUACCUCACAGCCUGCUCAUUAAACGGAGAGUAGGGAUACAGUAGGACUGGACACAACAUCAAGCCUCUUGGCUUCUGGUUUGAUAACUUCACUCAUUAAAAAAAAGGAAAAAUGCUGUAACACAUCAGUGUGACAUGUUUGCUUUCAUCCUGCAUCAAAUUAAAACACAGAGAAUAUG